AUGCUCCGCAACAAGUCGCACAAGGAGUUGAUCCACUUGUCGCAUCAAUUGAUUCAGCCGCUAUUGCCAAACUUCCAUAAGGGCCAAGCUGGGAGAGUAUGUGUUAUUGGCGGAAGCGAGGACUACACGGGAGCACCCUUUUUUUCGAGCCACUCGGCUGCUUUGGUUGGUGCCGAUUUGUCUCAUGUUAUAUGUGAACAGCAAGCGGCUACCGUGAUCAAGUCAUACACGCCAGAUUUGAUGGUCCAUCCUUAUUUGCUCAAUUUGGAGAACUCGGCGUUGAAUAUCGGGCAGGACGAGUUGAACAACUUGAAGUCCUUGUCGAUUCAGGAGAUCUUGCAGCUGAACAAUGGCGUGUUGAACAAGAUUAUCGACGAUUCGAUACUACCAAAAGUGCAGACUUUGCUAGGGAAAAUCGACAUUGUUGUUGUGGGGCCAGGAUUCGGGAGGGACCCCUUGAUGCUCAAGACACUAGUGCGGAUCAUCGAAGAGAUCAAAGUCUUGAACAAACCCAUCGUAUUGGACGCCGACUCGCUAUACUUGCUCUCGAUCCAGCCGCAGCUCAUCAAAAACUAUGCCAAGGCAAUCAUCACUCCCAACGUGGUUGAAUUCCAAAGAAUAGCUAAAAAUUUUGACAUUGAAGUCGACUUGUCCAAGGCCUACUCGCAAGAAGUGCUAAUCGACCAAACGCAACGCGUGUCUGAAAAAUUGGGCAAUGUCUUGGUCUAUAGAAAAGGCGAGAAUGACAUCAUCGCCAAUACGAAGACCGUGGUGGUCAAUAACAGUCCUGGCUCCAACAAGAGAGUCGGGGGCCAGGGGGAUACGCUAACUGGAGCCAUAGCUACCUUGGUCAACUGGUCUAACAACUACCUAGAUUCCUUUUGGGAUAAUAAAGUCGAGCUCGAUGCGAAUGAGGCUCACAUUUUGGCGUGUUAUGCUGCUGGUUCGCUAGUGAGGGUUGCCGCGGGUAAGGCUUACAAAAAAUACGGCCGGUCUAUGCAAACUUCCAACAUCCACGAGUUUAUCCAUGAGGCGUUCUUGGAGUUGUUUGAUGAUAGUAGUAUAUUCAGGUUAUAG